AUGGCAUGGAUCUCCUUCGGCUUGCUGCUGAUCUUCAGUGACCAGCCUUCUUCUGCUGCUGCUGCUGCUGCUGCGAGGUCCGGGUGCAUCAGCGAGGACAAGUUGAAUAAUCGUACUGACAAGUUUCGGAGGAAACACUGGGACAAUGUGGCUAUUUCUAAAAACCCGGUUUUGGAGCCGGACGCGCUGGACUGCGCGCAGUUUGCCAAACAAACACACCGCGGCGAAAUGAAUAAACGCUCCCUGUCCCCGUGGACGUACAGCCUAGACCAAGACCUGGACAGGAUCCCACAUGAGAUCGUCGUUGCAAAGUGCCUUUGCCGAGGCUGCAUCAUCAACCAUCGUGAAGAUAAUGACUACAACUCUGUGCCUGUGUAUGCUUUGGUGAAGGUCCUGAAGAAGAUUCAGUGCUCAGGUGAACCAAAAAAAUAUGCGGUGAAACAUUAUUAUAUGAAAGUCGCUGUGGCCUGCGUCUGUGUUGUGCCCAAGUACCAUAAAUGACCGCAACAUCAUCACAUGCUCACAUCGGUGCUGAGCUUUAUUUUUUUCUCUUUAUUUAUCAAGUUAACCGUAACAAAAAAAUCUAUUUAGGGAUAAAUAUUAUUUCUGUGAUCCAUUACGCUGACUAGCGUGGCUCCUGGGCAAGCAGUGUCAGUCAGUCCACCACUUUGAUCCCCAGAGGAUGAAUCCUACUGAUUUUAGUGAUCCAUUGGCUUUUACACCAGCAGGUUGACAUUUUUGCUUUUCAGUAACAUUUCUAAACAACUGCUGGAUGUAUUGCCAUGGAAUUUGGUUCAAACAUUUAUAUUCCCCUCAGGGUGAAUUGCAAUUACUUUGGUGAUCUGCAGACUUUUCAUCUAGCACCAUCAUCAGGUCAAAAUUUUAAUUUUACUUUGGUUUAUGAUCAAAUUCCUGAUCAUCCUCAGCUAUACUUUGUGUUUAGUGCUAAUUCACAUGUGUCAGCAUGCUAACAGGCUAAACUAAAAUUGUAAACUAGGCAAACUUUAUUAAGAGCCUCCCUCCCCUUCCGGGAAAAUAUAUUUAUGGUAGUCAACGGUGAGAAACCACUAAUUUUUUGAUCCUAUUUGAAAUGUACCCUGAAUUACACAUUUCACAAGCAAGGACCACGAUCAACAGGUAUGAUUAAAUGAUUUAUUGAGUAACAAACAGAAGAUGUAUGAAGCUUGCAGUAGCUGAAUAGACAUUAGAAAGCGUUGUGGGGAAGCUACGAUAGGGAAAUCCGCCGUAACACCCGGGCACAACAGACCCCAAUAAAUAUGGAGAGGAGGAAGGAGAUCAGGAGGC